CAAAGCAAAAUACCAUACAAUUACCAAACUGUUACCGUUCUUGCUUUCUUUCUUUCCCUGUCUGUCCACUGUCUUCAGAGUGAGAAAGAAAUUCAUUACAGAUUUUAGCUGUUUGGAGGAAAACUUCAUAGAAAAACACAGCAUUACACAGACUGUCUUUGCCUAGAAGUGGAUGAUUGGUCACCUACUAGAUUUACUACAAAUUAAUUAUUAAAAUAAAGAAUCAAGCCCAACUCACCACAGCAUUAUUGACUCUUCCACCGUCAUCAGUCUCCGCUGUCCACCAUCCAUAAUACUCUCCAUCCCCAUCCCCACACCUUCACUCCCCUCCAUCCCUCCUCCUCACACCCAACAAAGAGAGUGUGUGUGUGAGAGAGAGACAAAGACAACCCACAUUUUCUUUUUGUCAAUACAGUGUCGGUGGCACUUCAAGUUUUGUUCUUGAAUCGAGGGAGAAUCAAAAGAGAGCUAAUUUACUAAAUACAAGAAGAAAUAGUGAAACUUUAAGGAUGAGCAUGUAUGGUAGAGAUCCUUGGGGAGGAUCCCUGGAGAUAAAUGCAGCAGAUUCGGCAACAGAUGAUGAUAGGAGCAGGAACUUGAAUGACUUAGACAGGGCAGCUUUGUCAAGGCCGUUGGAUGAGACUCAACAGAGUUGGUUACUGGGUCCAGCUGAGCAAAAGAAGAAGAAGAAAUAUGUGGAUCUGGGUUGUAUCAUUGUUAGUCGCAAGAUCUUUGUGUGGACUGUUGGGAGUAUUGUUGCUGCUGCUCUCCUGGUUGGUUUGAUUACUGUUAUUGUUGAAGCUGUGCCUCGCCAUCGUCACAAUCAUACCCCCGCUGAUAACUACACCCUUGCUCUACACAAGGCACUCAUGUUCUUCAAUGCGCAAAAAUCAGGAAAGCUUCCAAAGCAUAAUAAUGUGUCAUGGAGGGGAAGCUCGUGUUUGAGCGACGGGAAAGGUAAACAAGGUAGUUUUUACAAAGAUCUGGUGGGUGGAUAUUAUGAUGCUGGGGAUGCCAUCAAGUUUCACUUCCCUGCUUCUUUUGCGAUGACAAUGUUGAGCUGGAGUGUUAUAGAAUAUAGUGCGAAAUAUGAAGCUGCUGGGGAGCUUAACCAUGUCAAAGAAAUUAUUAAGUGGGGAGCUGAUUACUUUCUCAAGACAUUUAACAGUUCUUCUGAUACCAUCAACACGAUGGUUGCACAGGUUGGCACGGGGGAUACUUCUGGUGGGAGUACCACUCCAAAUGAUCAUUAUUGCUGGAUGCGUCCUGAGGACAUUGAUUAUGAAAGACUUGUAACUGAAUGCAGCCAUUGCUCUGAUCUUGCUGCUGAAAUGGCUGCUGCCUUGGCUUCUGCAUCCAUUGUUUUCAAAGAUAACAAGGCCUACUCUCAGAAACUUGUUCAUGGUGCUAGAACUCUCUUUCAAUUUGCAAGAGAUCAGCGAGGUAGAUAUAGUGAAAGAGGGUCAGAAGCUGCCAUUUUCUAUAAUUCAACUAGUUACUGGGAUGAAUUUGUUUGGGGUGGAGCUUGGCUGUACUAUGCAACUGGAAAUAAUUCCUAUCUUCAGCUUGCUACAAAUCCUGGCAUAGCCAAGCAUGCUGGUGCUUUUUGGGGAGGGCCGGACUAUGGUGUCCUUAGCUGGGACAACAAGCUUGCUGGUACUCAGCUACUUUUGAGCCGUUUAAGAUUGUUCUUGAGCCCUGGUUAUCCGUAUGAAGAAAUACUAAGGACAUUUCACAACCAGACCAGUAUAAUCAUGUGUUCGUACCUGCCAAUUUUCACGAAGUUUAAUAGAACAAGAGGAGGCUUGAUUGAGUUAAAUCAUGGAAGGCCUCAGCCCCUUCAGUAUGUUGUCAACGCUGCCUUCCUAGCUACCCUAUAUAGUGAUUAUCUUGAGGCUGCUGAUACACCUGGAUGGUACUGUGGACCAAAUUUUUACUCUACUGACGUGUUGCGUGAUUUUGCCAAGACUCAGAUUGAUUACAUCCUGGGCAAAAAUCCUCGUAAAAUUAGCUAUGUUGUGGGUUUUGGUAAUCAUUAUCCAAAACAUGUCCACCAUAGAGGUGCAUCUAUCCCUAAGAACAAGAUCAGGUAUAACUGUAAAGGAGGAUGGAAAUGGAGGGACACCACGAAGCCAAAUCCAAAUACACUUGUUGGAGCCAUGGUUGCUGGUCCUGACAGGCAUGAUGGUUUCCAUGAUGUUCGCACCAACUACAAUUAUACAGAGCCAACGAUUGCUGGAAAUGCUGGAUUAGUUGCAGCACUUGUGGCUUUGUCAGGUGACAAAACUACUGGGAUUGAUAAGAACACCAUAUUCUCUGCAGUUCCCCCAAUGUUUCCAACUCCGCCGCCACCUCCAGCACCUUGGAGACCAUGAGAUGCCACAGUUUUUUAGAAUAUAUCUGUGGGGCUUUUGGUUAGAUGAUUUUGCUGCAAUAGAUUUUGGACUCGGAACUCCUUGGAAGGUAAAGAUAAUGCGACUCCACGGAAGGAGGAUGGCUUUAAGAAGGACUGCAGAGCAUAAGUUUGUGAAGAUGACGAGGGUAUACGUGGUUGAGAACUUGGACAAUCAUUAAGAAAUUGAUAUUCUGUACCCCAAGAUGCCUGUCGUAGUUUUUGAUAUAAAUAGUAUAUGUGUAUGAUAUGAAACGUUGUAUUCUUUUUUGGGGGAAAAACGUGAAUUCAACAGUUCAAAACUGAUUAACAAUAAAUUCCAUUUAAAUCUGUAACA